CAGCUCCUCCAGUUCAGCCACUCUGGUCUACAAAGCCCGUAUGCAGUCUCUGAGGGCCAGGAGCUGCUUGCAUCAAAUGCACACAGAUGCCACUUGCCCGUGGCACAGCACCCGGCGGGAUGAAGGCUGCCGUGUUCCUGUUGCUAGCCCUCAAGGUGCCCGCAUGCCACACGGGUGCUCAGUGCAACAUUGACAACAUGGUCGAUCUGAAGGUGCAGGCAGCAGUUAGUUCCAUCGGUAACUGUCCGUCGGACCUGGAGGCGUCUCCCCCAGAGAUAUGGCUCCCAGCUGGGGGAAUCAGGGGUGUCCUCCACCCUGGCCAAAGCCAAGCUACUCUGCCAGGAUGUCUCAGCCCGUGGGGCACUUGUCUCCUGCCCAACAGGGUACAAGCCCAUGUGCUGCGCCUGCGGAAUGGGCUGCGGCUCCUGGGACAUUCGCACCAACUCCACCUGCCACUGCCAGUGCGGCAACAUCGACUGGACGGCCGCGCGCUGCUGCAAGAUAGGGCUGGAGUGAUGCCAAGACCCAACCUGGGGCACCGGAGAGCCCCACCUGGCCUGCUGCCCCUGCAGCCCCCUCGCCAUGGGCCCUGGCACAGAACCAUGCUGUGCCCUUUGUGCCCAGUGCAAUGAAUAAACUUGGAUUUGGGUCUGUU